UUUAUUUGAGAUUGAAAAUGGAAAGGGUGGGAAAAAAAAUGGAAGGAAAAUAAAAUUUCGAGCGAAAUUUCAGAAUUGCGCCAAAUGUCUUUGCGAAAAAAUUGAAAUGGCGGGAAGUUAGUGGAGACAUUUAUUAAUCUCAAAUUCUCAAAAACCCCAAAAAGCUUUUUCUAGAGAGAAGAAAGAUACAGAGAAAAUAACUAGAGAGAGAAAGUUAAAGAAGUUCAAUCGCCAUUUCAAGGGUUUUUUUUUUUUUUUUUUUUUUCAUUUCAUUUCAAAUUCUCUCUCCUCUUUUUGUUCUUAAUUUUGCGAAAAUCAUCUCUCAAUUUCUUGUCAUUUUACUGUUCUUCUGCUAAAUCUUUGUAUUUUUCACUUGGAAUUCAGCCAUUUUUGUUCAAAUGUAGUCAGCUUUGGUAAACCCUAGAUUUUGUAGUUUUUGAUUUUCGUUUUGGGGAAGUUAGGGUUUCUGAGCUUUAAUGGUGGAUCCGAUGGAAAUCGAUGGGGCUCCGAAUCCGACACCAAAGCAGCCGCCAUUGAAGCGGAAGAGGGAGAAGCAGAAGGUUCUAGUGUUAAGUCCGGAGGAGAGAGAAUCGAGGUUGAAAUCUUUGAAUGAGGAACUUGAGAGCUUGUUCAGGUACUUUGACGAGGUUUUGAGCAUCGAUUUAGGUUUAGCGUUGCAUUUCAGUAGUCUUUCGUCGAGUAAUAAUGUGAAUGCGAUGAUUGCGGUGUUGUUGGAGGAGAAGAGGUGCUCGUAUUCGAAGUUGGUGGGAGAGAUUUACGAGAAAGUGAAGGAGAGAGAAAAUGAGAUUACGACUGCGAAUGUGAAGAGCAGUGUGUUGUUUGCUGGGCAGAGAGUCGCCUAUGGAGUCCCCAAUGCCGAUGCCGAUGUUUUAGAGGAUGAGACUGGAUCUUGCCUUUGGUGUUGGGAGACUAGGGACAUGAAGCUAUUGCCAAGUUCUUUGCGUGGGGCAUUAAAAAUCCGUCGCACUUGUCGUAAAAAGAUUAAUGAAAGGAUCACUGCCGUCUCAGACGUAAUAUCUUUUCUGCAAAAAUCCGAGGAUGACCCAACCUGCAAAGCUGAUAUGACAAAAGCAGCAGAAAAGCUCAGUAAAGUUUUAGCAGAAGCAGAUAUUCGUUUGCUCGUGGAAAGCUUGAAUCAGAAAAAUGAUUCUGAACUAGCUGAAAAAGAGGCAAAAAAGAAAGAUUCAACUCUUAUCAAAGAGUUUGAGAAAAGUAAACGUGAAGUAGAGAAGGAGAAGAAAAAGGUGGAUCGUGAGCUUCAGAAGGAAAAGUUACAGAGUGAGAAGGAGAAGAAGCGUCUGCAACAAGAGGCUGAAAGAGAUGAAAAGCGUCGUGAAAAAGAGGAAUCUGAAAUUAGGAAACAGCUUAAAAGGAAGCAAGAGGAAGCUGAUAGGGAACAGCGUCGAAAAGAGAAAGAAGAAGCUGAAAUAAAGAAGCAACUUGCCAUCCAAAAGCAAGCUUCAAUUAUGGAACGAUUCCUUAAAAAAAGUAAGACGACACAGACAUCUCAGAGUGAUCAACCACCAAAAGCUGCUACUCUCAACCAUCCACCAAAUGAAAGUGCUCUAAAAUCAGUUUCUCUUCUGAUGGACUCUGCUCUGCAACAGCAGGAAGAAAUUGACGUGGAUGAGAUUCGCAAGUCUCAUAUGAGUUAUUGGCGCUCACUAGGGCAUUCUAUCCGGUCAAACCCCAAGCAGAACUGGGGCUUACGUCAUAAACCUAAGGGCGAGCUAAUUAAAGAGCUAAAACUCACCUCUAACAAAGGACCAGCUCGUGAUGAUGACUUGUGGAUAAUAGAUAGCAUUGCAGAUGAAUGGGGACAAACAAGUACUGAUGAUAAAUCAUGCCAAGCUAACAUAAGUGCUUCACCUAGUACCAGCAAGUACAUGCGAAGAAAACAACUCCUGCAGUUUGAUAAGAGCUGUAGGCCUGCAUUUUAUGGUAUUUGGCCAAAGAAAAGUUGUGUUAUUGGACCACGCCAUCCAUUAAAAAGGGAUCCUGAUUUGGAAUAUGAAAUUGAUAGUGAUGAAGAAUGGGAGGAGGAGGAUCCAGGUGAAAGCCUAUCAGACUCGGAGAAGGAAGAGGAAGAAAUCUUGGAUGAAGGAUCUUUGAAAAAUGAUGAUGAUGAUGAGGAGAGUGAGGAUGACUUUUUUGUACCAGAUGGCUAUCUCUCGGAAAAUGAGGGAGUUGACACCGAUAGAAGUCAAAGUAACUUUGAGGCAGGUGUGACCACCAGUCCACUUGGUUGCAAGCCAGAAACUCUAAGUGAAGAGUAUUCAUCUUGGAUGCGACAACAGAAAUAUCUACAUAAUUUGACUGAACAUGCUCUUAGAAAGAACCAGCCUCUUGUCAUUGUAAACAUGAUGCAUGAUAAAGCUCACUUGUUAUCAGCUGAAGAUCUUACUGGCAGUCUCAAAGUUGAGCAAAUGUGUUUGCAAGCUCUUAGUAUGCGUGUUUUUCCUGGUGGGAUGUCUAUUGAGGUACCAUCUGACAACAAUUUGCGUGAAGAGAAUCAAGAUGCUUGCACCUCAAACAGCAAGGGAAGCACAGCAGCAACAAUGGUUGUUACACCAAUACCAGACUCCGACCUUCCUAAAAUUGUAUCAAUAAUUCAAUCCUGCCCUCAGGGUAUAAACAGAGUGCUGGAAUCCUUGCAGCAGAGUUUUCCUGAUAUCCCCAAGACUCACCUGAGAAAUAAAGUCCGUGAAAUAUCUGAGUUCGUAGAUAAUCGUUGGAAGGUCAAAAAGGAGAUCUUGGUAAAGCUGGGAAUGUCAAGCACACCAGAGAAGAGUGGAGGUAGAACAAGAAGCAUUGCCACAUUUUUUUCAAAAAGGUGUUUGCCACCAGCUGGUAAUGUUGGCAACUCCUGUGACUCAUCCCCUGAGUCCAUAAAACCCACUUCGUCCUGCCAACAGCCGCCGCAGCAGCAGCAGGUACGCUCAGAGAACGUGUAAUCUCCUUGCCUGGAGGGUUUUCUUUUACGCUUCUGGCCCAAUUUUUGCUCCUGAUAUAUUCUGGGGCUUGUAUCUAAAUUUUCUAUAUCGAUGUAGAAUUAUAGAUUAGCAUGGUUCAUUUUGUUGCUUCUGAUAAAGACGGGUGGUUUUUUCUUUCCUUUCUAAAGAACCUUUUUUCAACAAUACAACUACUAACUGGUUAAGCAUAAUAUGUGAAAGUAGUUGAAAACAAACAUGUACAGUAUACUUCAUGAUGUGAGGCUUUUCCCUACCUUGAUUUCGA